GAGAGAGAGAUCGAGCAUCACAGUCAGAUUCACAUCGCGAGGAAACGUUCGUCAAGUGAUUCUUUAUCCUCAUAAACAUUUUAUUUUUCUCUCCAGAUGAUUUGACAUCAUCAGACUUUUCAGAUUUUCUGUCGAGAGAAGAAACUUUCGCCUGUUUCCUGUUUUCCUCCCUCGGUGAUUUGUCCUCGUGUUUUCAGCAGGUGAAGAACAGAAGUCAGAGGUGAAGCAGAGAAUCAGGUUCUGUUCCAGAGAGACGUCUCCUGAUGGCGGCCAACAACACGCCUCGGGGCUGCGGCCCUGACGUGGACUCGCUCUAUUACAACCUGUGUGACCACAGUGCCGUGUGGGGGAUCGUGCUGGAGGCCUUGGCGGCGGCCGGCGUCGUCUUCUCCUUCGUGCUCUUCAUCUCGCUGCUGGCCAGCUUGCCCUUCAUCAAGGACAAGAGCCGCAAGAGCUCGGUGGCUCUGCACGCCGGCUUCCUGGUCUUCACCGGCGGGCUCUUCUGCCUCACCUUCGCCUUCAUCGUGGGGAAGGACUUCUCCACCUGCGCCUCCCGGAGGUUCCUGUUCGGCGUGCUGUUCGGCGGCUGCUUCGCCUGCCUCCUGAUGCAGAGCGUGAGGCUGAACUUCCUCGCCAGGCGGGACAGAGGGCCCCCGGCUUGGGUUUUGUGUCUGGGGGCGAUGGGGCUGUGGCUGGUGGAGGUGGUCAUCAACACGGAGUGGCUGAUCAUCACGGUGGUGCGCUACCCGCAGCUGCCGCUCAACGUCACGGCUGAAAGCAGCAGAGCCACAGCCACGCCCUGCAACAUCGCCAACCAGGACUUUGUCAUGGCGCUGAUCUACGUGAUGACCCUGAUCCUGGCGGUGGUGGUGGCGAGUCUGGCCGUCAUGGCGGGCAAACACAACCAGUGGAAGAGGGAAGGCGCCUGCGUCCUUGUGAGCGGCCUGUUCUCUGUGGGAAUCUGGGUGGCGUGGAUCGUUAUGUACGUCUACGGCAACGACAGGCACGGGGGGCCCACGUGGGACGACCCCACCUUGGCCAUCGCCUUGGUGGCCAACGCCUGGGUGUUCCUCAUCAUCUACACCAUCCCAGAAGUCUGCUGUUUGACCAGCGACGACGAGACGCAGCCGGGCCCCGGAGACGACCUGUACCCGAACCAAGGAGUCGGCUACGAGAACAUCCUGAAGGAGCAGAGCGCUCAGAACAUGUUCAUGGAGAACAAGGCGUUCUCCAUGGACGAGCCCAACCAAGGGAUCAAACACGUGUCGCCGUACAGCGGGUACACCGGGCAGCUGCGUAGCUCCGUCUACCAGCCCACCGAGCUCGCUCUCAUCUCCAAAGCAAUAGGAAAUCACCGUCCGGACCCGUCCCAGGACAUGGUCAUCCCCAGAGCUUCCACCACCUCCGCAGCCGACAGCGGGAGCAGCUCCGCCUCCUCACUCGCCAAGAGCGGGAACGCUGCGCUGGCUCAGACAAAUGGAAAUAGUGGGAACGGUCUGCACAGGACGUCCCAGUGGUGAACACACGUCUGGCCUCCAACCCCCCCCCCCCGUCAAAUGAAUUUCACUUCACGUCUUUUUCAUCUGCACCUGCUGACUGUACGCUUGCUGUUAUCUGUGGUUCCCUGAGCUGGUUCUAAGAGGAACCCUCAGCCCCGACAUGUGGAGGUGAACACCAGGAUGAUGGAAAACAGCUAAACCUUCUAUUGACUGAUUCCCUCGUGUGCUGCCGCUGUCAGACAGUGCAGAGCUUCGUUUGGAAGUGGAAGCGAGGGGACGCAGCCGCGGCUUUAACACAGAACAAAGACUUUUUACAAAGGUUGUCAUUCACCGUGAGCUGGAGCCGCUCACACAGACGGAGAGCCACGGUGCUGACGACGCAAAACACGAGGGAGGAGAAUAGCUUCGUGCUGGGGGGGGUGUUCCGCUUAGCAAGUACACACAAGUGCAAAACCUCUUUCCUGUACACACACACACACACACACACACACACACACACACACACUAUUGUUGAUAACCACAAGGUUCAUGUGUAAAAUGUAGCCGCUGCUUUGGAAUUCAUGUAAAUAAGUUGUGAUUGUGCAUGGAAGAAUUGUAUGAAUAUUUAUAUUUAAUGAUAUUUAUAGCACUACGGGUGCUAUUUAAUUAUUUUAUAUAAUUUUUAAUGAUAACCCAGAGGACAGAAAGCUGACAUCCCAACAAUCUAUCGAUACUUGGUUGUAAACGUCUCAGGAGAUUUGUUCCACUUACUCAGUUUCCUCUUGUUGCCACGAUCGCAGAAUUUUAAAAGUCCAAACUGAAUUCUCUGUGGGACUUGAGCCGUCUGUCAUAACUUAAUGUACCGAGAUGAUGAGAUCUGCCCGACACAGGCACUUUGUUUUUAAAUGAUACAGAAAAUAAAAGUUAAGUUGUGAUGUUA